GUUUUGUUGUGUUUGUUUGGUGCUUCGUUUGAUGUGAUGUCGGGCCCGUCGCGUUGCUUUGUCGGUGAAGUCACUCCCUAGAAAUGUAGCUUGGUGUUCCAACACUGGUAGAGCUAUCACUGAAGGUGUCACUGUGUGGACGAUGCACGAGCGAUGUCUGAUGUUGAGGCCACCUACGCAGACUUCAUCGCCUCCGGCAGGACGGGACGCAGGAACGCCAUGCACGACAUCCUGCAGAGUCCCACCGACCCCGAGGGACGUGAACUGCCCCUCACCCUGUCUCUGUCCCAGCUGCACAUUAACGCAGGAGGGGGAGAUGGAGACGACACCGAGGACAGCCAGAGCUCCUCUUCCUCCUCGGCCCACAGGGACGCUGAGCAGAGGAACAGCUAACCUGCCACGCACUCCUGCCAGUGGACAGAGCGGUGCGAGAUGGAUGCCAG